GGAGGUUGACGGGGGAGCUUAGGCACGGGGGCGGUGUGUCCUGACCGUCCCGGGCGGCAUCCGCCAGCCGGGAGAGUGGCGGUGUUUGCGGCCGGCAGCAUCAGUAGCUACUGCGGUGCCUUCGCCGUCUCCUCAGCGGCUCCAGCCCCAGCUGCCCUUCUAGCCCUCCGCGUCGCCGCUGGCAUCGCCACCCGACGCGCAGGCCGCCGCGGGCCGCGGAGCCCAUGAGGCGCGGGUCCUGCCGCCGCGUUAGCUGUGUCGCCGUCGUCCGAGAGCGUCCCGAGCCUGCGCGGGCUUGGCCGAGGCAUGAGUGCCGAGCCGCCGCCGGAGCCCGCGGCAGGAGCCAUGCGGGAGAAGCGUCCUGGGGCGCAGACCGCCCGCGGCGUCUCGGUUCUACAUGAAACAUUUCCUCAACAUACAUUCCUUAUGAAUGGUCUCAUUCAAGGUGUAAAGGGCCUGCUGUCUUUUCUGAGUGCCCCCCUCAUAAUUGCUCUGUCUAAUGUGUGGGGGAGGAAACCCUUUCUCAUCAGCACCGUGUUCUUCACCUGCUUCCCAAUUCCACCGAUGAGGAUCAGCCCUUGGAUUUGGUGCUAUUUCAGGUAGUAUUUGUUCCUGCCUCAGGAUCCUGUUUAUUCCUACCAGGAAAUGAGACCCCUUCAGAGCUCUUGUGCUUCAUUCCUGUGUGAUGAUCCAGGAACCCAAAAGUAAGCUCAGUUCCUAAUCCUGAGUUCUGGACUCCUGUCCAUUCAUAGCAUGAUAAAGAUCUGAUUUGAUACCCUUUGAGUACUUGCUUCAUAUAUGGUGCCAGAUUCCUCUGGUUUCACGGUCUGAUCAUUUUUGUGAUUCCUGUAAAUGUAGCAGUGGUUUCUAGAGAUCUUGUUUUUUGGGCUGAAAGACAACCACCAAUCUGGUGUUAGUCUUUUCUGUUUAUCUUUUUCCCUGUCUUGAGCUAAAAACAGCUAAGAAUUUGUACCCACUACUAAUAAAACCCUAUUUAGACCGGCGAUAUUUUGUUUCUGUGUUUAUGCUUGAUUCAUGGCUGAAUUUUUUACAAUAAAGUUAUAAGCUCUCCAUUUGUGUCUGUUUGUAUGUUUAUAUAUUUGUAACUCAGAAAGGUCUUUACAUCUCAUUGUGUAAGUGUAUAAUAUUUUCCUACCCUUCAUGGUAUUAAUAAAUUAGAUCAUAAAAUCUCUUAUAGGAGCCCUAUUCUGAUUGACUUAGU